AUGCAAAUCGAUUUAUUGGAGUAAUAAUAAUUAGUUAAGAAAAAGAGAUCAAGGUCUUAAAAAGACAAUGGAGAUUCAAUACCGGCAUUUUUAUUAAAAACCUAUGAGAUUAUAGAUGUAAAAAUUAUGAGCAAUUCUUAGAAUCCUAGCAAUUCAGAUGUCAUUAGUUGGAAUGAGGAAGGAAAUGCAUUUAUAGUUAAGAAAGUUAAUGAGUUUUCGGAUAUCAUUCUACCUAAAUCAUUCAAGCACAGUAACUUCGCAUCGUUCGUUCGAUAAUUAAAUAUGUACGACUUUCAUAAAACCCGACAUGACAAUAAUGAAAAUGAAUUUAAACAUAAGUUAUUUUAAAGAGGAAAGAAAAAUUUAUUGAGUUAAAUUAAACGCAAAACAAAUGAUUAGAAAGAUUAAAAUUCGUUGACUCUCAUAAAAACAGAGAUAGUGAGAAAUGGGAAUUAGGAAAUUCCAGAAAUAUCUAUGCAAAUGUCGAGGUUGUAGAACAAAUAGAGUGAAUUAGAAAAACUAAUGAAAAUUCUAAUAAAAUAAAAUGAGAAAAUUAUUAAAGAAAAUAAGUAUUUAUGGACAGAACUAAUGAAGAAUAAGCAUAAGAAUGAAAACUCAGAGGAAUAAAUAAUGAAAUGGGUUCUACAAUCAUUGCAAGGGUACAAACAAAAUGGAAAGCACAAAAAUAUUUCCAAUAAUAACCUUUUGAUGAUUAAGUAGACAAGCGAAAAUGAUGAUGAGUUCUAAAAUGAAUAUUAACAUCAAAAGAUAUUUGAAAAUGAAAAACCUGUGUUUGAUUAACUGCCAUAACAAAUACUAAAAUAAAAUUUCGAACAAUAAAUAGAAUAAUUAUCAAAAACUUAAAUCAUUUAAAUUUUAAUGAAGGCAGUUGCUAAUAAUUAGAAAUAGGAGAAAAAAAAUAUAUUUAAAUAUGAGGAUGAUGAAGUUAGUUUUGAUGAAGAAUAUCCAAUAACUAAAAAAAUGGAUUUAAGGUAAGAAAAUGAAGAAAAAAAAUAGGAUAAUCAACUCAUUGUAUAUAGUGAUCCAUUUUCUUUCCAUAAAUUAGAUGAUAAUUAUAUUAUACCAGAAUCACCUAAUUUAAGUAGAAAGAAUUCUUUUUAUGAUCAGGAUCCUAUUCCUCAAUUUUAUGAAUAUUGA